ACUGAUUCGUUGAAGUGGAGAGAGCGGAGUUUUAUUAAGUGUGGUUUAUUGAGGAAAAACAUCGCGAUGGAGCCUGCUGUGGCGUGCAAUUAUUGUGGCUUACCUUACACUUUGUCUGAGGAUGAGCUUGUGGGGAGGAUGCCCCAUGUGCUCUACUGUGGUCACAUCUUCUGCUCGGAGUGUCUCCGCUCUCUGGAGUGUCCUCAGGACUUAAACAGCUCCGUGUCCACCAUCAGUUGUCCAGAGUGCACGAUGAGCACUGAACUCGGUGAGGAAGAAGUGGAUGGAUUGCAGGUGGACAGCAGAAUUAUUGGCCUUAUCUACACAGCCAAGAUCAACUCCAAAAAGAGGGCUCUCCACGGGAGAGUCAGACAGACAGGUCGCAGAUCAAAAAGUCCAGCGUCAUCUCCAUCUACCCAGAAGAUUUUUGGAGAGGAUCAAGAUUUGGGGAAGAUUUUAGACGACGCCCUCUCUAAAGCGACAGAAAAGCUUAAUACCCUAGAAAACCUGCGGCAGACUCUGGUUUCAGACAUUGAGUCUCGAGUGCAGAAAGAGAAAAAUCGGAUCAUGAACGAAAUUGACAUCUGCAUCGAGAAGGCGAACAUCAUAAUGCAAAGAAGACGUAGUGUGCUGGUAUCUGAACUGAGUCUGGAGAAGCUCUUCUCAGCCGGGAUAGAGGAGUGUCAGAAACUGCAGGCGAGGGAAGGAGACCUGCGCGCAGCCAUCCUGAAAGCACGACAUGUUCGUCAGGUCCCGAUGCUGGAGACGUACUGCCGUCUGGACAAGAUUCUAGAGACUCUGCAGAGUCCUUCUGAGACUGAAUCGUUCGAUAUGAGCUGCCUCAAUCUGCGUUCAGACCUUCGAUGCAUUCUCAACGUGGAGCAAGUAAAAAACUGCCUGGAGAUCACAGGUGGUGGUUGUGACCUUGUGUGUGAGGAGGUACGCACCCCUCCUGCCAGAGAGCAUGUCAAGCACCCUGUGAGGGGAGUAGGUUCAGGCGAACGGGGCAGAGACAGACCUCGAGUUUCCGUUCAUCCUCACUCUGUAUCCCCCAAACGCAUGCUUCAAACGUAUGCUUCAAGCCCUGAUGUUAUUAUAGAGGAGAUCAUUGAGGAAACUGUUGCUGGUGAGGGAGAGACACAUGUAAUGGCCCAGGCGCCCAGACAUCCAGAGAAACAGAGGAGGAAUCGCAAGGCACGGCCUGAGAGGAGCGCAGUGAAGGUGUGGGUUUCAGUAACCCACAUAAUCAACCCAACACAUUUCUACGUAUGCUAUGUGAUUGAGCACAAGUCAGGAGUCUUGUUGGCCAAAAAGAUCAACAGCAUCUGCUCUACAGAACGCAGCCACUUCACUGUAAAUGACCAAAUCAAGACAGGAGCACUGGUGUUUGUAAAGAGGGACAAUGAGGUCUGGUGUAGAGCAGUGGUGCGCGAGUUGUUCCAGACGGGCUGUGUGGAGUGUGUGAGUCGGUGCUCUGCAAACGACGUGGCGCGCAUGGAAGUGUUCUUCCUUGACUUUGGCUUCUCUGAGGAAAUCACCAUCUCUGGUGAUGGCCUUGUUGAAUUGAAUGAGUGUGUCCGGAGAGCUGAUUCUGCUGCCCAGGUAGACCAGAAUAAGUGUGCCCCUCAGGCUGUUAGGUGUUCACUAAAAGACAUCAUUCCUUCAGACCCGUUAAAAGGCUGGAGCAGGGAAGCAUCUGAAGAGAUGAAGCAUGUGAUUGGUUCAAACAUUGUGGAGAUGCAGGUGCUCGGUGAAGAGCGAGACAGCCUUCUGGUGGAUCUGAGGAAAGCAUCUCUUUCUCUAAGAGAACACCUUGUGCACAUGGACCUUGCCAGGUUUUAUUACCCCCAGGUGACCCCUGCAUUCAGACCCCUGACGUUUUACCCUCCAGUGCAUCCCAAACUGAACACUGAGCUGAGUGCUGCAAUCUCCCAUGUAAACACACCAUCAGACUUCUACCUACAGCUAGCGGACAAUAUGGAGUUUCUGCUGCUAAACACUAAGCUGCAGAGCUGCUAUGGGCAUCCUGAAGCUGAAAGUGAGCUUCAGAUCUACUCACCUGUUCUGUCUCAGGCCUGUAUUGCUCUCUAUGACAACAAGGACUGGUGCAGGGCUCAAGUUACAGGUUUCACCGGUGGACGGAUGGUGGAAGUCCAGUAUGUAGAUUUUGGAAACAAAGAAAAUCUGUCUGUUAAAGACCUGAGACAGAUAAAGGACGAGUUUUUGGCACUGCCAUCCAUGGCACUGUGGUGUUCUCUUGAUGGUGUUUCAAGUGUAGAAGAAAUUUGGAGUGAGAAGAGCAUUGAUGCGUUUCGUAAAAUGAUAGAUCAUAAAUUGGUCACUGUAGUUGCAAAAGAACUCGUACCCACCUCCAAGACGAUGCCCGUAUGUCUGUAUGAGGCAAAUGAGCUUUGUACUGGGUCCAGCAUCGGAGAAAUCUUGGUCACUAAAGGCCUGGCCUGUCGAAGCAAACAAGUCUUACCCAAGAAACCCCUGGAGCAGCCAGAAGUUUGGGAUCCCCCAUUGAUAGAAGCUGCCCAGUCUCAGAGCGGGACAGCACUUCCUACCACUGACGCUCUAGUGCUUCACACCAGGUUGACCCUGCCACCCUGCCUGAAAGAUGUAAAAGUGAAGGUUACCCAUGUGACAUCCCCGGGAUAUAUCUGUGUGCAGCUGCUACAGUAUGACGCUCAGCUAAAGAGGAUUCAUGAUUUGCUAAAAGAAGAGUAUUCCAAAUCUGAACCAGAGGAAAUCAUCUGGGAAGCGGAGAUGUCUUGUGCUGCUAAAGUUAACGGUGUUUGGGAGAGAGGAACAGUAUGCAGUGUGCAUUCCAGCAAUGUCGCAGAGGUGCUGCGCUGUGAUUUCGGAAAUAAAGAGAACAUCCACUUGAGUAAUCUAAGACCUCUUCUCCCUGAGCUGAGUGGAUCUUUUCUGUUGGAGUGUUGCCUCAGUGAUGUAAGGCCAGCUGGUGGUUGCGCCACCUGGACAGCAACAGCAUGUGAUUUCAUUUCCUACUACCUCACUGGUGCCAUGGCGAUAAUGACCAUUAAGGAUCGUUCCUCUGUCAGACCGCUGCCCGUCUCUUUGUCCUGCUCUAACAGAAGAGGCCGGCAUGUCAGCGUAGCAGAUUUCCUCAUCUCUGAGGGUCUUGCUCUAAGAGAGAGAAGUGUCGAUCUGUCUUGCAGACCUACACCCAGGUCAGGAUCUGACUUGUCUGAAGCCCAGGAUGAGAGCGCAUCUCCAGAAGAGACUGCGUGUGAAGAGAGAGAUCAGGUUAAUAAACCGUCAGCUGCCUCUGUGCCCAGACCUGCUCCACGCAUCUCACCGCCUCCAGAACGAGUGAGUACGCGGGCCUACCUACCCCCAGAGUUGCCCCCCUUUGGAGAAUCGCGUAUGAUCGUCCUUGCUGUCUCUGAUGAUGGAGUCAUCCAUGCUAUGACACUACAGGCCGUGUUUGAGUUUGAGCUCUUGCAGGAGCAGAUGCAGCAGCACAUUAAGACCUUGCCCAGACCGAAGCGUUAUAAUUGGAAGAAUGUGUUGGGAUGUGCUGUCAUGGGCUCUGACAUGCGGUGGUACCGUGGACAUGUCCAGGAGGUGAUUGGAGGUUAUUUGAAGGUGCGAUAUGUGGACCGGGGGACUGUCGAGAAUAUUCCAAUGUGCCAUGUGUAUCCAGUGGUGCUUUGUGAGAAUGUUCCUCAGCUGUGUGUGCCUUGCAAGAUAAAUGGAAUACUUCCUGUAGGGGGGACAUGGCAAUCGGAUGCAGUGGCUCUCAUGAAGGAGAUGUUGAUUGACCGUAUUGUCGCUGUUCAUGUUAUUGACCUGCCAAAGGAUCCACGAGGCUUGGUGACUGUGGAGAUAAUACUGGGUGGGAUGCCACUAAGCCAACUCAUGGUGCACCACCAGCACGCCACCUUUGACCCAUCUUUCGGAAACACUGAGAAUUAUGUGGUGAAGCCUCCAGGGUCUGAUCUGGAUGAGUGGGACUUGAACAUCAAGGGCUUGGAGAAACCCCCAGCCAUUUUGGGAGUGUACACUGACCUCAGACUUCCAGACAAGGGGAUGUCCUGCUGGGUCAAAAUUAAGCACGUACGCACCCCUAACGAGGUGUUUUUGAGUGUGUUGGAUGCAGCGGAACAGGAGUCUCUAGAGGAAGCCUUAAGCCAAGUGAACAGUGAUAUUGAUUCUUUGCCUCUGCUGACAGACUUCCCUAUUGAGGGUCCUUGUCUGGCUGAGUACAAUGAUGGUAAAUAUUACCGCGCAAAGCUUCUAGGUUUUUCUCAGAUCAGGCCGGGCAUCCAGCUUCUUGUAAGACAUGUGGACUUCGGCUCAGAUGAUGUUUUGCCACUAUGCAAACUGCGCUGUCUUCCCGAAACAUUGCUCCGUUUCCCGUGUGAGGCGAGAUGUGUGAGGCUGGUGGGAUUCAAGCCAUCGUCUCAGUGCCAAGAGUCAGAGCGCAUCCCCUAUCGGCCCGAGUGGAGCAUGAAGGCCAUGUGGGAGAUGAUCGACCUGCUGCACGGAGAACUGCGAUGUGUGGUCAUGACUGGAGAGCCGGAGCCAACUGUACUGCUGCACAAUGCAGAUGGUACUUUGGUCCACGCUCCUUUAGUGGAGAGAGGUCUCGCUGAUUGGGAGUGAUGGGCCAGAGGAAAAAGAGUGCUGCAACAAGUGCAGCAUGAUGAGCAACGAAGAUUUAUGUUCUGUUGAGGUGUUUUUUUAAGCCCAAGUUCAUACAUGCAGAUUGGUUUAUUUUGGCCAGGUAUAGGUAACAUGCCUACAACUUAAUGGAUUAAAUGGACCUUACAGCUCCAUUUAAGUACUUCUGUUCUGUUUAUCACACAGUAUGGGGAAAAGAAAAAAUUCUACAUUAAAAAAAAUAUAUUAUUAAUAAUAUUUACAAGUGGAAAUUUUUUUUUAAUUUUAGCCUUGUCUAGUCUGCGUCUAUAGAUGAGGGUAUGUGCUUUUUAGUUUGGAAAACAGAAACUAAAGAUUCAUGAUGCAGGGCUUUUUACGUUUGAAUUUAUUUGCAAUUAAAAAAUUGCAAGGAUGUUAUAAUAGUAAUUAUAAAAGUAUUACAUUUUCUUUGAGCCUAGUGGUUUCUUUAUUUUAUUUGUGAACUUGUGCCUGAGCUUGUAAUCUGUAGGUACUCAAUCCAUUAAGUUGUGGCAUAUUUUUCUUAAAAGUAACUGCUGAAAGCAAGUGUCUAGCUUUGUCAGUCCUUAUUUCCCAUAAUCUUCAUGUAUGUUGUGUUAAUUCUUCACAAGAAAAUAGUUUGCUCGAGUUGAGAAAAAAAUUUGUUUUUAGAAAACAUGUUCCAUGUUGUUGUUACAGAUCUGUGAACACGCUUGUUACAAAACAAGUAAAUUUCUUGUUUGU